GAAGAAACGCCCAUAUGUGAAUGUUGUAGAUGUAGGCUAUAUAUAAGUGCUCCUCAUCCAUUCAGAACGCUUCGUGUCAGAGUGGAUCCGGUUCAGUCUUCAAGUGAACAUGACGCUCAGUCAGGAGCAGGUGUCCUUCAUAGGCCUGGCCUUUGAGACGUACGUGAUGGAGCACCACAAGAAUGACAUCCUGCAGAUCUUCCAGGAGGCCAGUGAAGAUGCUCACUAUCCCGUUGUAGUGAACGCCAUGACGUUAUUCGAGGACAAUAUGGAGGUUGGAGAGUGUUUCAAUGCGCUCCCCAGCCAGGUGCUGCCUAUAUUUGAGAAUGCCCUGCACAGAGUAGCCCAGGCUAUAUCUUCUUCUUCUUCCUCGCUGCAGCAGAGUUUCAGACUCAAACACAAUCUGCAUGUUCGUAUAUCAGGUUUACCUAUGUGUCCCGAGCUGACCAGAGAUCACAUUCCUAAAGCUAGAGACGUGGGUCACUUCCUGUCGGUGACCGGCACGGUGAUCCGCACCAGUGUGACCAAAGUGCUGGAGUACGAGAGAGACUACAUGUGCAGUAAAUGCAGGCACGUGUUCUCCGUGCAGGCUUCUUUUGAGCAGUUUUACACCUUCGCUCCACCCAGGAGCUGCCCCGGUGAGGAAGGGUGUAAUUCUUUCAAAUUCACCUGCCUGUCUGGAAGUGACGCCCCUCCGGCCGCCUGCAAGGACUACCAGGAGAUUAAAAUCCAAGAGCAGGUACAGAAACUGUCUGUGGGCAGUAUCCCUCGAUCUAUGCUCAUCAUCCUGGAGGACGAUCUUGUGGACAGCUGCAAAUCAGGUGAUGACAUCACAGUGUAUGGAGUCGUGUGUCAGCGCUGGAAGCCGAUGUUUCUGGAUUCCCGCUGUGAUGUGGAGGUCGUGCUGAAAGCGAACUACAUCGAGGUCAACAAUGAGCAGUCCACCACAGCACUGGUGCUGGAAGACAUUCAGAAGGAGAUUAAAGAUUUCUGGGACAGUCACAAACAUGACCCCAUUGCUGGCAGGAACGAGAUCUUGAUGAGUCUGUGCCCUCAGGUGUUCGGUAUGUACGUCGUCAAGCUGGCUGUUGCUAUGGUUUUGGCAGGUGGGGUGCAGAGAAUAGAUGCUUCUGGAACCAAGGUGAGAGGAGAGUCUCAUCUGUUGCUCGUGGGCGAUCCAGGCACUGGGAAGUCACAGUUUCUGAAGUACGCUGCUAAGAUUACACCACGCUCUGUGCUCACUGCAGGAAUCGGAUCUACUAAUGCAGGUCUGACAGUGGCGGCUGUUAAGGACUCUGGAGAGUGGCAUCUGGAGGCGGGAGCCCUUGUUCUCUCUGACGGAGGCCUGUGCUGCAUCGAUGAAUUCAACAGCAUCAAAGAGCACGACCGCACCAGCAUCCACGAGGCCAUGGAGCAGCAAACCAUCAGCGUGGCCAAAGCAGGAAUGGUGUGCAAACUGGACACAAGGACCACCAUCCUGGCAGCUACUAACCCAAAGGGCCAGUAUGACCCUAAUGUGUCGGUGUCUGUGAACGUGGCCCUCGCCAGCCCCCUCCUGAGCCGCUUCGACCUCGUACUGGUUCUGCUGGAUACUAAAAACCCGGAAUGGGACAAAAUAAUCUCCUCCUUCAUCCUGCAGAAUAAAGGGGCGCCGAGCGAGUCUUCGUGUUUAUGGAGCAUGGAGAAGAUGAGGGCCUAUUUCUGCCUGAUCAAGACUCUUAAGCCUCGCGUAACGCGGGAAGCAAACGCCAUCCUGAGCCGCUACUAUCAGCUGCAGAGACGGAGCGACAGCCGCAACGCCGCCCGGACGACCAUCCGCAUGCUGGAGAGUCUCAGCCGCCUCGCCGAGGCUCACGCCAGGCUGAUGUUCAGAGAGACCGUAACGGUAGAGGACGCUGUUGUGGUGGUGUCCGUUAUGGAGUGCUCCAUGCAGGGAGGCGCUCUGCUUGGAAAUGUGAAUGCCCUGCACACGUCUUUUCCUGACGAGCCGUGCGAACAGUAUAAAUCACAGUGUGAGAUCGUGCUCGAGAGGCUGGGGUUGGCUGAUAUCCUACAGAAAGAACUGCAAAGGCUUUCGAGGCUAAAUAACAGAAGACCGGACUCUCCUAAAGGGACUGAACCUUCUAGGGAGCACGCCAGCAAGCACCCAGCCGGUCAGAAUCCCAGGAACGGUGAGGUGACGGCCGAUUCAGACCCCAGCCUGAACUGGUUCCACUCCUUGUCCAGCUCCGUCACUACCUCCACACAGAACGACGCCACCUCUCUGGGCGGCCCUGCGGUGUUGCCUAGCAACAGCCGUUCCGUACACGGCGAGGUUUCUGUGUGGGAGAAGGAUGAGGAUCCGUCCGAGGCUGAGGCUGUUGUGGAAAAGGGCUCCAAACAGCUCAGAGCCAAACGGUUGAAAGAGAUGAAAGCAUCCCUCCCGCCGAGCGAGGAACGGCUUUCAGGAGAGACGGACGGCGAUUUGGGGGAGAUAUUCUCCCACAGUACACCCAAAACGGGGAAGAAACCCUCAAAAAGAAAACACACUGCCGUCAGUCCUCCUCCUGACAUCAGAGCCGAGAGCGGAGAGGGUUUACGCAAACUCACGAACUUCACGUUCAAGCCCAGAGAGAGAAUGACUCGAGCUCAUCAGUCGUCAGAGAAAGCCCCUCGUCCAGCAGAGGGCAGCAGAGCUAGUAAGAAACCCGGGCUAGGGACGAACGAUAAAACCAAAGACGUUUCCUCUCAGGUCUUGAAUGGUCAGAAAGGGACGCCUGAGGACACCGAACAGCUGCUGUCCAGACUCGCUCCGGGCAGCGUCGAUAAACACCCGCAAUCCCCACCAAGGACGGACCACCCAAAGGCCAAGGUGGCCAGUUCGACUCUGGCCAGGCUUUCUAGAUUCUCUUUUACGGGAAAGACGGUCCCAGGUACAGACGAAGGCCGGGAGAACGCAAGCACGCAGAGCGGGGAUAACAGAACCGCAGUGCGCUCGGCCAACGAGAGGACGGAGAACCGAGACGGACAGGAAGAAGCCCGAGGGAACACUACAAAGAAGAGGAGAUGUUUUGAGUUGGGCUCCGGAGGCCCCGCGGGAUUCCUCAAAGGCCUUUCUCUGUUCAGCUCAUCUGUCAUAGACGAUGAAGAUCUAGAUGCUGACUGGAACUGAUGCAGCAGACGUCAUGUAUAUUAGCAGUAUAUGUAUUUUUUGCUUUUAGAUGCAGUGUGAUUCGUUUUAAUGGCUGAACGGAUUCGGUCUCUAUUUGCACUUUUUUUUGUUUAGUAAACGCAAACCAGUACUUACGUUUUCAUGUUUGUUGGGGGUUUUCUUUAGCAAAUAUAGUUACAUUCACACAUGCAUUCAUUUAGUUUUUAACAUGCAAGGUUACAUAACUCACAAAAGGUUUUUGUUUUUGUUUUGUUUAUGAAAGCCUGACAACAAAUAAAAAAUUCAAAAGGUAGUUGGGAGUUUUGUCUCCCAAUAUCUAUAUUUAUAUCAUAAUUUUAUAUCUGAC